AUGGCGGUGUCUCUUUGGCGCCGGUCUCUGGAGGAGGUGUUUCUAUGGCGACAACGACAGGCAGAGUGUGAGCGUGCUCAGGAGGCACUGUCACGCGUCACUUCCUGUUUCCAGCAGCUUGCCGCCUCAUUGGGCGGUUCAGCCGACAAUAGCUUCCUGAGGGAGGAGCUUCAUGAGAGCAGGGGCCUGGUGCACCGGAUAAGCCAAGGUUUGGCUCGUCGUCUGAUUCGUCUGAUGUCGUCCUCAGACUCCGCCUCUUUUAAGGAUAACGUUAAAUUCCGUGACGCCACCUCCUCAGUUUCUGAUCCCGCCCCUUUAUCCUCUGACCCUUGCGCCGCCCCUAACCCUGCCCCCUCGGUUGACGGACAUCUGAAUGAGCGAGCGGCAAGUGAGCGUCUGUUGGUGAACUUCCUGUCCGCCAUGGAAUGCUUCCUGUUCGACCUUCGCAAAGCGAGUGAUCUAAUUGGUCAGUUUCCUCUCACAAAAAGAUCUGACCGACGAGCGCUGGUGAACACCGGCUGUCUGGACGGGGUGGUGGGGCUGGCGGCUCGGGUGGCUUCUGUUCAGGCUCCAUGGAUCAGUUUAAAUGAAGAUCCGACUCCGACUUUAGAAAACCAUAUCCAGACUUUAGACCAGCAACUGCAGCAGCUGCAGCUGCGGGUGCCCGUGGCCUUCUGGGCAGUGGAGCCCCUAAAGCCGCUCUGGUUUCAGUUGAAUCUCUGUCGGUCGGAGGUGGAGUCAGAGCAGAGUCUGGAGGAGCUCAUGAGUCCUUCAGAAGACAACAAAACAGAAUCUUCUCUAUCACUUUCAGUCUGCUGCCACUGCUGCGUGUGA